GAGUGGAUAAUUAUGAACUGGUCUAUUGCUUCCAAAAUAAUAGUCCUUCCUAAUUCAUAUUGGAGUAAACCAAAGAAGAAAAACUGGACAAAUUCUGGUAGAAACCCAAAAUACAAUUAAUAGAUUUAGACAGAAUCAGUGUUAGAUUGAGCUGAAUUAAAAGGAGGGAAAUGGCUAAUUUGUAUGUAAAAGCAGUUCCACCAGCGGAUCUGAACAGGAAUACAGACUGGUUCAUGUAUCCUGGUGUAUGGACAACAUAUAUACUCAUCCUCUUCUUCUCAUGGCUUCUUGUUCUUUCCAUUUUUGGUUGCUCUCCUGGCAUGGCUUGGACUGUUGUUAAUCUCUCUCAUUUUCUUGUCACAUAUCACUUCUUCCAUUGGAAGAAAGGAACUCCAUUUGCAGAUGAUCAGGGGAUAUACAAUCAAUUGACUUGGUGGGAGCAAAUGGACAAUGGGAAACAGCUCACUCGUAACAGAAAAUUCUUAACUGUUGUGCCUGUGGUGCUGUACUUGAUAGCCUCACAUACAACUGAUUACCAACAUCCAAUGCUCUUCUUCAAUACCAUUGCUGUGACUGUGCUGGUUAUUGCCAAGUUCCCCAAUAUGCACAAGGUCCGAAUCUUCGGAAUUAAUUCGGAUCCAUAAAUGGUUCUUUUUAUGUUUUCAGUUGUGCUUUUUUAAAAAUCUAAGCUUUCUCUGCGUAAAGCUCGUCUGUGUAUAGAAGUCAGGACAGGAAAGAGUACUUGCUUCUUUAGUGCUAAUGUUCUCUACAAGUGCUUCUCUAGAUAAUGUAGCAAUAAAUGUAACAAGUUUUCUGUACAGUGCAAUUUUACCCUGUAACGUUAUAAGAGAUACUAUAAUUUAGUUCGAUCCA